AUGAGCACCCCCGGCGACGGGACCCACGCAGCCAGGGAGCAUCAUGGCGCGUGGAUCUACUUACGUCGUCUGUCGCGCUUCUUGCCAGGGCACGGUGGGGUGAACCAGCUUGGGGGGGUCUUCAUCAACGGGAGACCGCUGCCGCAGGUGGUACGAAAGCGCAUCGUGGAGCUGGCGCAGCAGGGCGUGCGCCCCUGCGAGAUCUCCCGUCGCCUGCGCGUUACUCACGGCUGCAUCAGUAAAAUUCUUAGCAGGUACCACAAGACAGGAAGCCUCAAACCUGGACUCAUGGGGGGUUCCAAGCCCAAAGUGGCGACCCCAAUAGUGGUCCAAAGGAUCCUGCAACUUAAACAUAAGAACCCCUCCAUGUUUGCCUGGGAGAUCCACGACAGGCUAGUACUGGAGCGAGUAUGUGACCAAAACUGUGUGCCCAGCAUCAGCUCCAUCAACAGGAUUAUCAGAAGUAAAGUCAAGUCUGAGUCCUGGGAAGCUCGAGGGGACAUUUCCAGCUUUGAAAACCAAGAACAGCAGCGUUCCUGUUUGGACACUUUGGGACAGCCUGACCCCCACUUGACCUUUCACACCAACCUGACAAAUAAUUAAUCCUGUUAGGCUACUUUGCAUGAAUGUCAAACAGCUGGAUUUUUAUGUGAGGUGAAGGAAUGAAAAUCAGAGACUAAACAAAACAAAAUUUAAAUACCUAAUUUAAUCCAUUUGCAUUAUUUGUAACCAGAGUCAAUGUAUCGUCUCAGAAAAGCUAAUAACAAUUCAUUAGUUCAACAUG